AUGCCUUCUUCUCCCAUUUCCCCGAAGCAACACCGCAGACAACCACCGAGCAUCGACCUGUCGACGUCUCCAAACGCAUUUGCUACGAAUUCGAACGGCAUAUACUCUCCGCAAAUAGCCAGAAGUUCUCUCCCGCAGUCUCCAGUGACUCCGCGACAACGGCACCGCAUGUCUAUCGACAGGACGUCUCGGUAUUCCGCCGAUUUCACCAACGAUAUUGACUGCCGGAAUGGCGAGGCCAGUCCCAUACUGGACGGAGGACUUGGUAGUCUGGCUGACGAGCUUGCAGAUGCCUGGGGCGAUGAUGUAGAAGAUAUAUCCGGCCUACCAGAAGCAGGCGGCGAUGGUGAGGAAUAUGAUGAUGACCAUAUUGGUGCUCUGGGGAACGGCAUGCGGAAUGGCCAUCAUGAGGGAGUGAAUGGGGAAUUAAUUGAUUCGAUGCAUGACCUGGGUAUUGGAAUGGGAUCCAAAGGGUUAAGGAGACAGGACGGUUCAGAGUCUGAAUAUGAAGGUGGACCACGCCCGUCGAAACCACGACCGAAGUCGAUGAUAGCGAAUAAUGCACAACGACAUCGCAGAUACGACUCGUCUCUCUACGAUGGCUCCGAGUACGGGCCAGAUUCUGACAUCGAAGAGUGUGCGGAUAUAUCGCCUGCUCUGGAGGCGCGGAUGGCUGGAAUCGAGCAGCUCGUGCGGUUUGGAAAUAGUGAAGCCGAACACCAGAGCAACGAAGUCAUGCUGCGUGUUAUCCAUGGACUGCGAGAUCUAGGCGGGCAGAGUGAGAUUGAAAGCGGUGCUUCCAGGCUCAUUACUGCACACGCUUCUCUGACCUCCCAUCUAACACACCAAACCCGUUCUCUACAAACGCUCACCCACCCUCUACUAUUCUCACAUUUCCCUGUCCUCUCCCCAGACGCCAUAGACGGUCUCAUUCCCUUGAUAGAUGACGUCCUACCAAACCUCCCUUUUCCAGUGCAAUCCACGACUUCAGUCCCGACAUCUACCGCAAUACCACACGACUUCUCUCCUUCCCAAUGCUCAAUCUCAAGCUCAGCCUCAAACAACGCUGCUACGAACCCGCUUCUCUCCCUACAAGCUCUCCUUGCUCAAACAUCCGACCUCACACAUACAUUGCGCACGCUCAGCGAUACGUUGCAUGAAUCCCGCCAAUUGACUUCCGCGGCAUCUCGGCGACUCAAGUCAGUGCGUGAGCUGGUAUCUGAGAUCCGACGGGAUGAAGAAGCGCGUGAAGAGGGUACAGCUUGGAUUGAGCAAGGGGAAUGGGAUAAGCGGCUCAGAGAGCGGGAAGCCGGCCGAGUAUGCGGGGAUGUCGUCAGCGGCUUCGAAGCUGUUUGCGGAGAGUGGAGAGAUAGAUUAUUCGGGACAGAAGUGGUUGUUGCAUAG